AUGCUACUGAAGAUUGGUAGUGGCGACUUAGGUCCUAACCGUGUAGUCGAACGUCCCAAGGUCAUUCAAAACUCGUCUGGGAAAUGGGUGAUGUGGAUGCAUAUUGACGAUUCUUCGUACGGCGAAGCCAAGGUUGGAGUUGCAACCUCCGACUCGAUCUGUGGAACGUAUUCGUACCAACGCUCCUUCCAACCAUUCGGGAGACAAUCACGCGAUAUGGGCUUGUUCAAGGACACGGAUGGCUCUGGCUAUCUCCUCACAGAAGAUCGUCAAAGCGGCUUGCGUAUCAUUAAAUUAACGAGCGAUUUUAUGAACGUCGCAUCUGACACGUACCUGUUUCCCUCCCGUUACGAGGCUCCUGCGAUGAUCAAAGUCAACGGACGCUACUUCAUGUUCGCUUCUCAGUUGACAGGAUGGGACACGAAUGACAACAAGUAUACAACAUCGACGUCUCUGACUGGUGGAUGGUCCUCUUGGGCGAAUUUUGCCCCUGCAGGAGAAAGAACCUACGACUCUCAGACGACGUUUAUUCUUCAGGUUGGGUCCAAUUAUAUGUACAUGGGAGACCGCUGGUUCUCCUCCAACCUCAUGCGAAGUUCGUACAUCUGGCUCCCCCUUACCAUCAACGGCUCUUCAGCAUCCAUUACGUGGUACAUCAACUGGAUCAUCGACCCCAGCUCUGGUUCUGCACGUGUUGGGCCGUCUGAGACGUCUUACGAGGGUGAGGCGGCUUCGAUGUCUGGUGGGGCAAAGUCUGUUUCCUGCAGUGGAUGCUCUGGCUCUUCUGCCGCUGGCUACAUUGGUGCAACCAGUGGAUCCGGGGGCACGAUUAGAUGGUCUUCCGUCUCAAGUACUGCCUCUACACUAACGACCUUGCGUUUCAAGCACCAGAACGGCGAUGCAAAGCAGCGUUUUGCCGUAGUCACGGUUAAUGGCCAGAGUCAAACUGUCGCAUUCCUUCCAUCCACCGAUGGAAACACUCCAGCCUCCUCGGCUGUGACGGUCUCGCUCAACUCAGGAUCAAGCAAUGUGAUCACAGUCUCCGGGACAGGAAGUGGCUGGGGUCCUGAUAUAGAUCGAGUCAUGGUCCCGGUAUCAUGA